AUGCGUGGAAUCAUCAAGUUCCAUAGCGAGUUGCCACUAUUGCAACAUUUCGUUUUCCAUGCUGAAUCCAGGGACCCUGAAGCUGAGGAGCCUGCCAGUGAUGGCCGAUGUGAUGUCCGGCCCAGAUUGCGCAGCCACCAAAGCGUUCCUGUUCUGCGGCGGGGCCAUGCCGGUAGACUGGAUCUUGAGAGGAACGUGACCUUUCCAGAGCGGCAUGCGGAAGCUAUCAGCAUGCAGCUGGAGCAGGCAUGCUUUUUGAUGGCUGCAAUGGACUGCUCCACCAAGAGCCGUGCUCGUGAGAUCAGGCGUACCAAGCCACAACGGAGCGGGGCAUUGUGCUGCGAGCUGCGACUUGUCUCAAGCAAUGUACGGAAAAGUCGUAAGAAGGUGCAGAUGAACGGCUUGGCUUUAGCAUACGCCGGCGAACAGUUUCAGCAGGACUGGCGGGUGGUCCUUGCAGCAGUUCAGCAGGAUGGUGACGCGCUACAGUACGCGGCCCCCGAGCUCAAGGCAGACAAGGAGGUUGUCCUGGCUGCCGUCAACUCUAAGGGCUCUGCCUUGCGGCAUGCCGACCGCUCGCUGAAGCGGGACAAGGAUAUCCUCCUCCAGGAGGCAACACCUUGUAUUGAUGUUGCGGCUGGCAAGUUUGAGACCCUUUUGGAGCAAACUUCACUUCGCCGAAACGAAGCCGAAGUCCCUUCCCUGGCUUCGAUUGAGGAUUCCCUCAAGAAGCUGAAGGCAAAGAAUAGGCAGUUGCGGGCGGAACUUGCUGAGAUGCCGUGGCCUCGGCUUGAAUCCUUUGUCGUGCAUGGGAAGACUUACAGGUUGCCAUACAGGUCUCAAGCCGAGUUGCCUCCUGACAGUACACUUGAGAUCACAGCCGAAGCUAUUAAGUAUUUGGCCGGAUUUUUUGAUGGUGAUGGAAAUGUUCAGGCGUGUGGUUCCCACUGCGAGCUUCGCGUUGUCCAAUCAUACGAUCAUCCCGAGGUUCUAAUGAUGUUUCUGCAAGUGUUUGGAGGUGGCAUCUACAAAGCCGGGGAUGGAAAAGGGCUUCAAAAGCCAGUCUUGGUAUGGGUCCUGUCAAAAAGUAGCUUGGCGGCUGCAAGAUUGGCUGCACAUAGCGUGACUAAGCGACGGCAGCUGGACAUAGCUGCUACAUGGCCCUCCCUAUCAAGUGCACAGAGGCAGCAAUGCCAUGAGGAGCUUGUUUCGUUGAAGCGGUACGAUUCCGGUGUUGAGAACUCUUGCAGCUGGGAGUAUGUCGCAGGCUUCUUCGAUGCAGAAGGUAGCAUCGAUUUGAAUGGAUGCCAGUUGUCUAUAAGGUUAUCGCUAGAACAAAAAUUUCCAACAGUCUUGGCCGUCCUGCAGAGUUUUGUUGAGCGCGAGCUGGACAAACGCAUUGAGCUUACUCAGACUGCAAAGGCCUUUCGUUUGCAAGUUGCGAGUGGGCCUCACAGAAGAUUCAUUCUAUCAAGUAUGUUGGAUGCUGGCCUCGUUCGGAAGGCACAGCAGGCUAAGCUGGCUUUGAGUCUUACUACCGAGAAUGCUUUCGAAGUUCGCCGGGCGCUAGGCGAGCUUUCAGGUAAUCAGCAGUUUGCAAAGAGGCUCGAUGAAGUUGGCCUUGAGAGGGCACGGAAGAUCCGGAAUGAAGCAGGACGGGCACGCCGCGCAGCACGGAUUGGACAGGUGGAGAAGGCAGCUGCCAUACUCAAGGAUGUAGAGGAACUGAAAAGCUACCAUGUCCUGCAAAACGCGCUGUGCGAGAAUCGUGCGUUGCAAGAGUACAUGGGCAGGAUGUGUUGUCUGGAUCCGCAAGCAGUUUUGGCCGUGGUGUCCUGA